GGAAAACGGAAGUAGAAUCUUUGUUGUUUACAUUGUUAAAAAAAAUCUUUUUUUACGCAGCUCACUUGAUGUUUUCAACAUUUCUUUGAAUUGGAUUCUGUAAGACUGAAUGCCAUCUGAAUCUGUAGAACAUCUUUAAGUCUGAGAUGGAAACUAGAAGAUAAUAGAAUAAAGAUCUGGUGUUAGUAGUUGUGUCAAAUUUAAAUCAUUCCAUUAAAAUUUUCACAAUGAGGAGAGGAGGCUAUGAAGAAGCCAAUGAGAUUGAGAGACCACUAUUCGGGGAGCCGCGCAGGGCAGAUCGUGUUUUAAAUCUGGUGGUUGGAACAUUUACCUCUAUCGUGGUGUUGGUGACUCUAGUGAGUGCCUUUGCUUUUCCAAAAUGGCCACCCAAUGGAAUCAACAUAUUUUUUGCCCUUAUAAUUGUUUUCAUUUGUGGUUCCCACUUGUUGUUGAUAUAUUGGUACCGACAAGGAGAACUGGAACCAAGGUUUCGGUCCAUGAUCUACUAUAAUGCUUUCACUAUUAUAUUAUUAUGUAUCUGUGGAAAUUUGUAUAUUCAUAAUGUAGGGUAAAAAAAUUCUGUGUUUUCCACUCAGCAUUAUUAUUAGCCACAAAAUACUUGUAUGUAGGACUAGGUCUAGGGUCAAUCUGACUAAAGUAUAGAACUUGAUGUUUCAUUUCGUGAUAAUAUUUGGUGGACUCCAAAUGAAACAAAUCACCAAGAUCUGCAUUUUAAAGAUGGGUUCCCUUAUUUUCAUUCAUGAAAAUGCUGAUGCUUAUAUGAAUAAAAAGGAGAGGUGUUCUAAUGACUUUUUUUUUGUUUAUCCAGACUGUACAUACAUGGACAUUUAUGAUUAUUUAAAACUCUUAAUUAUAUGCAAUAAGAACAUAACGAUUUGAUUAAGAAUACAUGAUAAUUCAUU